CAUGUUUACCCUUCCAUGUCUCCCUUUCUCAGUUCUCGCGAGCUCCCCCCUUCGUCAAUCUCCCUCCUCUUAAAUCGCUUCUCUCUGUUUCUUCCAGUUUGUCCGAUCAAUCGUCCCUUCCCUCAAUCUUCCUUUGCUUCGCUGCUUCAAGGAAAGUACAUCUGUCAGUGUCUUGAGGCAUUAAUAAGCAAAGUUGUCCACAAUCAUGAUAGAGAGUUUAUUGAGGUUGCUGUCCACGCACAGACCAGAUCCUAAGUAAAUCGUUUGGCAUUGUCCCUUUGAGCGCCAAAGGAAAUAUUCAAACUAUCCAGUUGACCCAUGCAGUGGUGCAGAGACGACCAUGAGGUUGGUAGGAAAAUGUCUUAACCUGUCAAUUCAUAAGAAUUUUCUGACCUGCAAUAAAAUUGGUUUCCACCCUCGAGUUCUGCACAAUGGUCCAGACACGGUAGCUGAACUCUUAGACAGACAUGUGGUUAAGAAAGAAAAGUCCUUCGAUGAUGAAGAGGAUGAGUUGAUAACCCAGCGACGCCUCACCACCACUCGGCGUGAGGCUCUUAGUCUCUAUAGAGACAUUCUCCGGGCAACUCGGUUCUUUAUGUGGCCAGAUUCUCGAGGUGUCUUGUGGCGAGAUGUUCUCAGGCAGAAUGCACGAAAGGAGUUUGAGGAUGCCCGUUAUGAGUCUGAUCCAGAAAUAGUGACCCGACUUCUCAUUGGUGGGCGCGAUGCAGUGCAAUCAGCUCUUGACAAGCUUGCUGAGAAGCAGAUGCAGGAGAUUGAUAAGAAACAAAAUGGUCGAGAUCAACUCUGAUUUAUUACAUGGAUUGACAUUUGGGCUAUAUCAGAAAGGAACUGGAUUGGUUUCUAAGAAAAUGAAGGUAAAAUGAAAUGCAGAAAUUGAAUUAAUUUUUUAUAUUGGGUUGCUGGAACUCCUUUAGCUUGUAUAGACGGUGGCAAUCCUGAAGUGAGUCCUUAGAUGUGAUGUUCUGAACUGUCAACUGCUGCACAGACGAUCUAGCCUAAGUAGCUUCAAGAAAUAAACCUCUUUUAUUAAAGUGAUAAAUUGUUUCAUACAAGAAGGGAAAACUCCUUAGAAUUUUAUGACAAGUGGGGUAAAAAGGGAAUUAACUUAAAAUAUCACCCAGUUACCUAAUUAACCCGAAUCUUCUUACACCAAAAGAUUUCUAAACCCACAGCCAUAAUUAUUGGGUAUCACGUAUUGCUUGACAAAUUCAUCAGCUUUCUCUGAUGUUGGUUAGUAGUAGUUCCAUGUGCUCCAUAUCUUUAGUAUUUAGUAACAAGUUCAUCAAUUUUUUACUUUAAUGCAAUAUCGAUCUCUGGAUACCACAAUGCAUUAUUGUUUCAAGCUAUGAAGCAUAGAUAUGGAUACGUUGAAAGAUGCAUCAUUUUUUAUAUAUUAUUUUAAUAUAUAUUUCUAAAAAAUGAUGAUACUGAUA